UACGUCACUUCCUGUUUAAACAUGGCAGCGCCCUGACAAAUGUCACAUUACAUCUUCUGCUAAAACAAAUCACGAGAAAACAUGUUCUUUUUUUUUUAGUGUCGCAUAUACCAAGGCACCAUCAGACCUCAGGCGACAUCUGCAAUUUUUUCUCCUACAUUGCUUCACGUCCUUGAAGGGGACCUUCGGCAGACACCAUGGUGCAUUUAUCAUCGCUUCUCCUCAAGAAAUAUCACGGGGGUUACGUUGUCAUCCGACUGGCCCUUGCAGGACAUAAACAAGCUAACAGACCUUUUUAUCGCAUCGUAGCCGCUUACAACAAACGAGCUAGAGACAACAAAUACUUAGAGCAGCUGGGUACCUACGACCCCCUACCCAACAUCUACAACGAGAAGCUUGUCAGCUUCAACUUCGACCGGAUCAAGUACUGGAUUGGUUGUGGAGCACAUCCAACAAAACCAGUGGCCAAACUUUUGGGAUUGGCCGGCUUUUUUCCGCUGCACCCCAUGACGAUCACGGAGGCCGAGCGGCGAAGAGCCCAGGCAGAGCUGAGUGAAGCUGCAGGAGCAGGAGCAGAGGCUGAGAGGCAGACAGAGAAGCCCGCUGAAGUCUGACAGGUGAAGCUGAGGACUAUGAAGAGAUGCUGCUGAUGCUUAGAGACAAAACAGCUUCUACAGUUUCUUUAUGCUGAUAAGACUUCAGUCUUUUUUAUUGUAGCCUUUUAACCACAAGUUGGCUAAAAGAGCCACCAAAUAUGUUGAGGCGUUAAAAGUACAAAUGCUUCUGGUUAUUCUUUAAGUUCUUUGUAAAAUAUCAGAAAACAUCAAUAAUUUGUUUUAAAAAAAUUGACCAGUUUUGUUUAAAAGAAACUCCUUCAGUUCAAACACUUCAGUCAUAGGUCUGCAUAAAUGAUGAACUCACAGAUUUUUGUUCAUUUUUUUUCCUGUCUUUCAUUCUUACAAAUAAAAGGUUUCAUUUAAAACACAAAGAAGUGGUUGUAUGUGGUUCUGUAAGGAACGGGACCUUUGUAAACUGGAGACAUGCCUGGAUGCAAGUCAUUUAAUAAAAAGAAACUAUCUAAAAAAA